GCUUUGUCUAGCAACAUGGUAGCUUCUCUUAACGACAUGGAUUUUAUUUUUUAGAAUUUUCGAAAUUAUAACCAUUUAAGCGCACUCAAAUUACGUAACUGGUUGAUGAACUAAUUGUAUUUAUAAAGAUAUGUGGAAUUGAAAUUUCGAUCUAUGCUGCUCGGUAUGCAAUAAGCCUGCCGAUCAUAUUGUACAUAGAAAAAACUUAGCUUUUAUUGAUGAAACCCGAUAAAAGAAUGGCACUGGUGAAUCAGAGUCAACCUAUGUUACAUGUUCCCAUGUCAGCCAGACAACAUUCAAGACCAAAUGUCUCACAUUCACAACCACCAACUGCAAGAUCUUACAUAGGUCGUAUUGAUAGAGGCCUCAAUUCAGGUAGGCCGGGAUUUUCAAAGAUUGAAGUUGAAGCCUUAAUUCGGGAAAAAUUGAGACAUAAUUAUGAAGGUAUUAAAAAUGCUUUCAAGGUAUGUGAUACUAAUAGAAAACAUUCCAUAUCUAAAGAUGAGUUUCGCAGAGUUUUAUCAUCAUAUUGUUUCCCUAUGACAACAAAUCAGUUUGAAUCACUUGUCUCAAAGGUUGAAAAGGCUCCUAAUGGUUUUGUUCUAUAUGCUGACUUUUUAGAAAAGUUUGCAGGAGGAUCCGUGAGAAGUUCACAAGAAAAAACAGAACAAGUUGCUGUAAUAAGAAAUAAUAACCAAAUACAACAGUUAAAAGAAGUAAAUGUAGAAAAUCUAGAAAAACUACUGAAAGAAAAAAUUGGUGAGAAUAUGCAGUCUGUAUUAAAGGCAUUGAGAUUGUUUGAUUAUAAUAUGGAUGGUAAAAUUCAAAGAUAUGAAUUACGUAAAGUGCUAGAAAACUAUUGUUUUAAAUUAACAGAUCAACAGUAUACUAAGUUGUGGCAGAGGUAUGAUAUAAAUCAUACAGGACAUGUCAAUUAUAAAGAAUUGUUAAAAAGAUUAGGCUUCCCUUCUACAGAGAGAUUGUUACCAACAAAUACAGUUCAAAGUGCAUUAACAUGGCCAGUAGGUUUUCAUCAGUCUGGUGUUAAUAAUACAGAUAAUCGUAUUCGACAUCAGCUUCGCCAAGAUGAACAAUGGCUUAAAAGAUUAACGUUUGAUCAAAUUGAACAAGAAUUCAGAAAAAGGAUGCGGGCAAAUUAUACAAACUUGAAGAAAUCAUUCUUAUCAUUUGAUAAGAACUUAAGUGGUUUUGUUAGUUUGGAAGAUCUUAAAGCUAUAUUAACUAAUUUUACUAUUCCAAUGUCUAAUCAACUGUUCAUGAGAUUAAUGGAAAGAUGUGGUAUUAAAGGUACAGGAAGAAUAGCAUGGGAAAUAUUUUUGGAAAAGUUUCAAGAUCCUAUAGAUGUUUUCAAUGGUCAAACAUUACCAAUAGGACGUAAUUACAAAUUUUUCCCCAUAAUGGAGAAACAGUCAACAGUUCUAUCAGAUGAUAUUUGGAAUCAACUUUAUAGAAGUAUUGAAUCACAUUAUUCAUCAUUCAAACAGGCUUUCUUGGAAUUUGAUAUUAAUAGAACUGGUCAUAUAACAAGGAAAGAUUUUCGGCGUAUUUUAGAGAGAUAUACAUUUAAUCUGGAUGAUAAUCAGUUUAAAUGUAUAAUGUUAAAACUGGACCCGAAUCAUACUAACAGUAUCACAUAUCAUCAAUUUCUACAAAUAUUUGAAGAGAGAGAUAAAUGGGAAGGUCAUAAAUGGUUAAAUUCUGUACAUAGGUUUAAUGAAAAACAGAAACCUAUUAUAAUGCCGUGGGAAACAGUAGAAGAUAUAUUACGUGAGAAAAUCAAUGAAAAUUGGAAGAAUAUUUCUGAAGCUCUAGUAUAUCAUGAUUAUCUAGAUGAAGGUUAUAUUACACCUGCUAAUUUAAAGAGCGUUAUAGAUAAAUAUGUUCUACCUGUCUCACAAGAUCAUUUUCAACAUUUAUUGAAUGAAUGUGAGAAGAGAUUAGCUGAUGGUAGAGUUAGUUAUAUAGAAUUUAUAGAACGAUUAAAUGUAACUGUGUCACCAGGUGAUCUAGAUGGUUUGAGUUCUCAAAUCUACGCAGGUAAUCAACUAUCAGAACAUCAACGAUUAACAGAUCAUAUCAACAGACAGUUACAGAUUAAUCAGAGGAUUGAAGAAAGAACUAUAUUUUAUUCUGCUGAAGAAGUUAUAGUUAGAUUAUCAGAUAGGAUUAAUCAACAUAAUAUACUACUACACGAUGCCUUUAAUACAUAUGAUAAAACAGGCAAGGGAAAAAUAUCAAAGAGAAACUUUAGAAAGCUGUUACAUAAUAUGGGUUUUAUAAUGAAAGAUGAUCAGUUUGAAGAACUGGUAACAAUGUUAGAUUUUAAUAAAGGUUUUAUGACCUAUGAAAAUUUUAUCAGUAAUUUUGAGAAUAGAAACAGUCAAUAUGAAGAUAUUGUUAGAACUGGUAAUCAUCAUGUUAAUCCAAUUAGAGGUGAUGAAUUUGGAUCAAACGCACAUGAUGUUGAAUCUAAAUUAAGAACUAAGCUUCGAGACAAUUUUACAGAUUUAAGAUCGGCUUUCUAUAAAUUUGAUGAUGAUCAUAAUGGUAUUCUAACUAUGAAGAAUUUCCGUAGAAUGCUGGAUUCUUUCAUGAUUGUUAUCUCAGAUGAAGAAUUUGAGAAUUUGUGCCAGAGACUUGGAAUAAACAAACAGUCUAAAAUCAGCUAUCAGGAAUUUUUGGAUCGUUUUGAAAUAAGAGAUACACAAGAUGGUCAUAAAUGGUUGACUUCAGUACAUAGAUAUAAUACAGCUAUUCCACCCAGAUCAUUAACAGCUGAAGAAGCACAUGAAGAACUUAAAUGUAAAGCCCAUAGACAGUGGGCUGAUUUAGCUAAGGCCUUCCUAGGAUUUGAUAAAAAGAAAAAAGGAGUUUUAAAAAAGAAUGAAUUAAGAAAUGCUUUAAAUAGGUUCAUGAUAUCUAUAACAAAAGAAGAGUUUAACAGAUUAUGGGAAAUGUAUGAUGAAGAUGGUAAAGGCUUUGUGUCACAUCAAGAUUUUUUAGACAAAUUAGGAGCAUCAGAGUUUACUCCUUUAGAUGAUGGUAUCAGUCAGGAAAUUACAGAAGCAAGUCGUCAAAAUCUUGUUAAUCAUAAUCUAGAUCAACAUAUGAAACAUGAAGAUGCUACACUUAAACAAGCUGAACUUGGUCUACAUAUGACAGCUGAAUAUGUAGAACAGCAACUUCGUGACAAGAUUAGAGAUAAAUAUAAAGAUUUUUAUGCAGCUUUUAGAAAUUAUGACACCAAGAAGAGAGGAUAUCUUUCAGUUAGUGAAAUUCAGAAGGUUCUUGUUGAUUUAAACUUUUUUAUAAGUGAUGAUGAAUUUUUUCGACUCCUUGAAAGGAUGGGUCUUCAAACCAAUCAAAGUCGUCUGAAUUAUGAUGAUUUUUUACGAGCGUUUGAAGAAGGAAGAAAAUCAAGUUAUGGAAGAAGAAAGAAAGAAUUUACUUUGGCAACAGAAAAUUAUUCUCAUCUGCUACCACAACAGGCAGAGGAUAAACUACGGCAAAACAUUGCUAACCAAAAAUAUACAUUAGAAAAGGCAUGUGCUUCAUUUGAUAAAUACGGAUGUGGUUUGAUAGCUUUACCAGAUUUUCGCCGUAUAUUAGAUAUGUUCUGUUUUAAACUAACUAAUCAGCAAUGGUUAUAUUUUGUAAAUAAAGUAAACAGAAGUUCAGAUAAUACUAUAUCAUACCGAGCUUUCUUGAAACAGUUUUCAUCAUCUGUUGAGGAGGAUACAGUACAGUGGUUGGAUAUGUUACAAAAAUCUUCAUUGGUUACCAAGAAUCAAGUAGACCCUGAUAUACUAGACAGUGAUUUAGAAGACAAACUAAAGGAAUCUGUAGCAGCACAUUUUCAUACUGUAGCUAGAUCAUUAGAAGAAAUUGAUUAUGCUAAGAUAGGAGUAGUAUCAAAAGAAGAUUUCAAACAUUUGAUUAAUACAGAGUUAUUUAAACUAACAGAUGAAAAGUUUGAUAUACUAUGGAAGAGUUUACCUAUCAAUGAGUUUGAUAAUCUAGACUAUGUGGAGUUUUUAAAAGAGUAUAAUGGUGAUUAUAGAGUAGGAGAAUAUCAGUCUAGUCCAGUUGUUAGAUCAGAAUCUGGUCAGAAUAUGGUUAUUCCCAUAGCUAGAUCACAUACAUCCAUGUCACUUAAAUCUCAAUCUAGAAAUGAAUCUCGACUUUCAACAAGAUCAUCAAGAUGUAGAUCUAGAAUGUCAACACCUAUGGUUAAUGCUGAUAAUGCUGAACAAUGUUUAAAGGAUAUAGUGUUAAAACAUUGGAAAGAUAUACAGAAACAAUGUCGAACUUAUGAUCAUUAUAACACAGGAACUAUUGAUGAAUCACAGUUCAAAUCUGUCAUGUCACAAUAUGAUGUCAAUUUAUCAUCGAAAGAUUUUAAUAAAUUAAUGAUCAAAUAUGAUUUACAUGAAAAUGGGAGUUUCUGUUAUGCUGAUUUUCUACGCCAUUUUGUUUUGGAUCUAAAAUCUCGAGAUAAUUCCAUUGCACUCAAAAGACCCAAGUUAAAGCCAACAAUUCUAGAGGCUACAAUUGAAGAGACAAACAACCAGUAUUUUACUGCUAUUCAACAACUGAAAUCUGCUGUUACUGAAUACUGGAAGGAAAUGAGACGUAUGUUUAGAGCUGUAGACCAACAGUCCACAGGUAUCAUCUGUACAGAUGAUUUCCGAAGAAUUCUACGCCAAUUUAAUGUUAAUUUAUCUGAAGAUGAAUUUUCUCAUAUGAUAUCUUAUUUUGAUAAAAACUUUGAUGACCAAAUUCAUUAUAAUGAUUUCAUAAAGGCACACAUAAAUCAUCACUGAUAAAUUAAUUAAAUAAAAAUAAGCCAAAAACGAAGCUAGAAUUAGUAAAUAAAAUUUAAUCCUACAGGUCUUGUCCCAUCACUGAUCAAAAUAAAACAUUUAAACAUCAGGAUAACAAUGUUUAAAUCUGAAUCAAGGAAUCAUUUGUUAAUUUUAAAGAAAUAUGUUUAUAAUUGUUACUAAUCAUUAAUAUUGUUGAUGCAAUGACAUAUUUGGACAUAGUAAAAUAAUGUAUUUCCUAUUUAUCAAUUGUUAUUAACGUUAUAUACUUUUAUUGAUAAAUAUUAAAGUUUCUGAUCAUUAUUUGCAUUUUUCAGACAAAAUCUAUUUUCACAGCUUAAUCCACCCAAAUUGAUUUUUAAUAUAGAAAACAAAACCAAAAUAUUAAUGGUAGAUAAUAUCAAAAUUUGGAUUAAAUCAGAUUAGGUAGCUCUUGCUUGUUAAAAUCAUCUGCAGAAAAUGAUGAAUGUUGCAAAAUUUACAAUUUACCAUAUUUUUGUAAAUACCGAACAAACCAUUUUUGGACCAACAUCUCUUUUGAAGAUCCAACUUUCACAAUAUUGCAGUUUGCAAGGAAUAUAUCAGUCUCUCAAAUGACAUUCAGUGGCAUUCAUUUGUUUCCAUUUAUGAUUAUAAGCUAUCUUUCAUAUUUAUAAGUGCUAUUAUUAAUAUAUUAAUUUGUGAUAUUUUAGAUAUGUAAUAUUAUUAUAUAUUUUUUGUUAGAUUAUUAAGUAGAAUUUAAAAGUUACUGUUAAAAGUGUUGAUAUUUUGAAUGUUAUGUUAUUUGAUAGGACAAUUUCUUCUCAAGCCUGUCUGUGAUAAAAUCUAUAUAUCUGUGAGGAUUAUACAAUACAUUCAUUUAUUAAAAAUUUAUAUUAUUAUAUUUAUUUCCUUUUAACUUCUAAUAUAUUUUUAAUGUUUUAAUUGUUAUAGAUAUAUGUGUAUUUUCUUGUUUUUAAUCCAUUUAUAUUUUGAUAGAAAGAUUAAACAUACAUUAUUACGCUAGAGCUAAAUUUGCCUAUUGCAGGUCUUUCUUUAUGCCUUAAAUGCUGUAUAAACUAUUAAUUAAAGAUUUAUUAACAUGAUAAGACCAUAAUCAACUCUCAAUGCCAUAUGAUGGGUACGAUUUGAAUUCCAUCUAUAGUUCAACAGCUUUUCAUGAUUAACUGUACAAUUGGAUAAUCAAGACUUUGUUCAUUCUCGUAACAGCGUUAACAAUGACAAUCGAGUCGACAGUGUUUUUGAAUGAGGUUUUCUCGGCUCAGAGUGAAAUAAUUAGACUGACAAUUUCAGCAUAUUCUCUUUACAUUAUUUAUUUUUGAAUAUUAAAGCGAGGACUGUCAGCUCUUUAUCUAAUCUUCCAUAAUGCCACUUUAAUUAGCAAUUAUAUUAUUAUCUUAACUACAGCACUAUAAUUUGUUAUGUUUGUUUUUUUGUUCCCUGCCUUUCGAAGAAAGCAGGUGAAUAUUAAAAUGGGUCCGUCCGUCUGUCUGUCACACUUUUUGGGACACAAUAACUCUCCUUCUAAUAGAGCUAGCAUGUUUAAACUUGGUGUAGGUGUUUAUUGGGUCAAUACCUUGACGGAGUUCGAAGAUGAGCAUUUUCUGCUUAGGGUAAGCAGAGAUAAGCAAUUUGAUUGGUUAAUGCUUUGGGACAUGAUAACUUUAGUUCUAAUUAAGUGAGAGUCAUGACAUUUGGUGUAUAGUUUUAUUACAUCAAUACCUUGACUAAGUUCGAUAAUCAAUAUUUUCUGCUCAGGGUAAGCAGAGUGAUAAGCAAUUUGAUUGGUCGAGACUUUGGAACACAAUAACUCUCAUUCUAAUUUAGCUAGAAUGUUCAAACUUGAUGUAGGUGUUUAUUAGGUGAAUGCCUUGGAGUUCGGUGAUAUACAUUGUCUGCUUAUGGUAAGCAGAGAUAAGCCAUCUGAUUGGUUGAUGCUUUGGGGCACAAUAACAUUGGUUAUAUUUAAGUGAGAGUGAUUAAACUCUGAGUAUAGAUUCAUCAUAUCAUUACUUUGACUAAGUUCGAUGAUUAAAAUUUUCUGCUUAGGCUUAGGAACGAUAAGCAAUUUGAUUGGUCAAGACUUUGGAACAUAACAAUUCUACUUUGAAUUGAAGUAGAAUGUUUUAACUUGACGAAGAUGUUCAUUAGGUGAAUGUCUUGAUUGAGUUCAGUGAUUAACAUUUGAAGCUAAAGCUAAGCAGAGUUAAGCAAUUUCAUUGGUUGAUGCUUUGGGACAAGAUAACUUUGAUUCUAUCUAAUAGAGAGUGAUGAAACAUAGUGUGUAGUUGAUAACCAGUUUGAUUGCUUGAUAUUUUUUUUAAAAAUAAAUGUGCGAUUAAUUAAUAUGUCUCAUCUAUUUAUUAUGGGAUUUUGGCAGCUUGUUCUGUACUACUAUUACAAUCUUAUUAAAACACAGAUCCUA